AUGGCGGAAGGUGAUAGGGCUAUCGAAGGGAUGCAAGCUUUCUAUCUGUUGGUGUGCUGGAAGGAUCCCGACGAUGAUAUCUCAUAUCUUCACACCGGAUAUGCAUCUCGAAUACUUCAUGACCUCGAUCUCGAGCAAUGGGACGGCGACGAUCGACAAGCCUUGCGGCGUAGGCGAACCUGGCUGGCCCUUUAUCGGCAAGACAAACAGCAAAAUCUUUUUUUCAUGAGGAAGACCUCAGGUGGCUUUGCUGAUGAAGAGAGCGUAUCACGAAUUGGUGAUAUUUCUACUUGGAUUCAAUCUCCUCACUCAACGCUGUUGGAUCUCAUAGCGUGUUGCAGUGCUGAUCUCCGAAGGAUACAGUCCAGGUUAAGAACCAUGGUACAAAAGGCUUCGCCCACAAUGCUUCCUUGCCUUGUGGAAGUUAUGGUUAUUGAUCUAUUAAAAUGGAAAUCGGCAUGGCGAAAUCACUUCGAGGACAAAAGGAAGGCUCCGUCGAUAGACAAUCUAACAGCAAUUCCGAAUACGAUGGAUCCAGGAAUGGAACAUUUGAACACUCUCCUGGGGCUUUGGGAACACGGCGUAAGGCUCCAUGUAAGCUCUGCGAUACUCCGACAGGCCUUGACAGUGUCAGUGUCAGCUUCUCUUCGAUCAAGAGGCGAGUAUCUGGGCUCAUCUUUGGAUAAGUACCCCCCUGACAUUGCAGAGUUCCUAUCUGCCGAUACUCCAGGACUCAGUGGCAGUGUUGUGGGUGCACUUGAAACCCUCCGCCAUUUACUAGCAUUCCCUGAGCAUCACUUGAGGCAUGCUCCGGAUGCACUUGUCCUUCUUGCUCCCAACGCAGCUUUAUUCUUGUGUCAGCUCCUGUCUCUCCCUGGAACCGGUAUCCUGGGCUCACAUUUUCAGAAGACAGCAAUUUGUCUUAUCGAGGGCAUUACCAACCACCUCAAGAAUGCGAUUCAAUCUCCGCAAGAUACCUUAACCCUGCACUCUGCCUAUCUUGAUUCCUUGCUGAAACUGAUUCAUCCCGGGCCUUCUCUGUGCAUGGACCCGGUAGAGCAAUCUACUCCCGUGAUAACUCCAUCGCAUGAUCUGAUUGACGAAAGACUUUCUCAUUAUCAUGAACCAGCGACCCACGCUGCCGAUGUUGGGGUAAGCGGGAUGCCUGAGUCUACCAAUACAGAGCUAUGCCUCUCUCAAGAGCUGGACUUAGAUCUUCAUAUGCAUGGGCUAGCAAAUUUGGUAGAUAUUGACUAUUUUUGGGAAAUACCUCCUGUAGCAAUUGACACUAGCAUAGGGGAUGAAGGCAGAAGCAGGUGA